CAGGCCAGUAGGCAAGGCUAAGCCAAUCUUAUCAGCCAACAGAGCCUCCCAUGUCUCUAGGCUCCAUCGGGAUCCAUCCAUCCAGGCCUGAACCAAACCAAACCUCCAUCCGUUGGUUGUGUCACGCUUGUUGACCCUCCGGCUCCGUCUUCGCAAACCGCUCCUCCUUUCUCGCCAUCCCGGUCGCGUCUCUCGUCGUCCUCGUCCAUAAAGCCCCCGUGGAUGCGACUCGCUGGGCUCGACGACGCCUCCGCCUCCCCCGUGUUUCCGCCCUGUUCUGUCGUGACACCGACUUCGUGAACCCACUUGACUCGAUUCGAAUCCGGACGACACACGCCCUCACUUUCCGACCUCUGGCAGUCCCCUGCUGCCGGCCAUUCCGCUUCUCCCACAGCUGUGAGCUGCGAGCAUUGUUUCGUCUACAGGGGCCGCGAGCCUCGCAACCAUGUCCAAGAAGGACACCCUUCCCCCGAUGGACCCCUUCUCGCCCGCCCAUCAAACCGACGAGGGCUACUCCGAGGACCCUCUCAACCCAUCCGUCAACCACGACCUCCCAGCGGCCCUGGCCAGCUUGAGAUCUCCCGCCGAUCUCCCAGCAUGGCUCGCCGCCAACAUCUCUCUGCUACCCGUUCAAACUCGGACUGAGUUGACGAUGUCCCUUCUCGACCAACUUCCUACCUCUGUCAUCGCAGAAAUCGUCCAGCGACUAAAUCCUAGACUAUACAUCGACUUCAUCCGAUAUCUCCCCGCUGAGAUCUGCCUCAAAAUCCUCAGUUACCUCGAUCCCGUCUCCUUGGUCAGUGUUACACAGACUUGUCGCGCCUGGUUCGAUUUGGCCUUGGAUCGAAAGCUAUGGGAGACUCUCUAUCAUCUGGAGGGCUGGAAAGCCGUCUAUAGCGAAAUUGAUAGCUGCGAAGUCAAGGUCAACAAUGGCCUGAGCGUGUCGAUCCGCCAACUGCACCGUUUGCAGUCGGUGCAAGACGCCCAUCCAAACAAGAUCCGUGCCAUCGUUAACGGGGAGGAGGACCUUGAGAUGACUGAUGGCGACCGCUCACUUAGCUUUAGCGAGAGUUUUGCUGGUGGAAGCAUCUUCGGUAGCCCCUCAUCAUCCUUUGCGUCAAAUCGACCAGUCAUCCUACCGUUGGGAGAGAUGGAUCUCGACGGCGCCAGCUCUAAAGGCAAAAGCGUCGACUGGAACCACUCAUCAUCUUCUGACGGCAAAGGGAAGCGCAAGGAACCAGGCGGCGAGGCUGAUUUGACCCCUCCUCCAACGUCCACCGCCGAAGCCUUGGGCACCAUGCCCCCGUCGUCGCUCUGGAUCUGGGACGUCAAUAGUGCCCGGUAUCGAAUUAAUUGGAGAUACCUGUACACCAUGCGACGUCGACUCGAGUCCAACUGGGAACUGGGUAAGUACUCGACAUUUCAGUUCCCCCAUCCGAGUUACCCGGAAGAGGGACACCAAGAGUGCGUGUACACCCUCCAGUUCGACAACGACUAUCUUGUCAGUGGUAGUCGUGAUCAGAGCAUGAGGAUUUGGGACGUCCACACUCGUCGGUUGGUUCGACCGCCGCUGACAGGUCACAUGGGUUCUGUGCUUUGCCUUCAGUUUGAUGCCCACCCAGACGAGGACCUGCUUGUUUCGGGCAGCAGUGAUUCUAACGUCUUCAUCUGGAAGUUCUCAACUGGUGAGCUGAUCCAAAAACUAACGAGGGCCCACCGUGAGUCGGUGCUGAAUGUCCGCUUCGACAAUCGGAUCCUCGUUACAUCGUCCAAGGACAAGACAAUCAAGAUCUUCAACCGCCACCCGUUGCGACACGGUGAUUUGGGCUAUGGUGGACAUGAGCUUGUCAAUCCCGUACCCACGAACCUGCGACGAUACGGCUACGAACCGGACCUCGCUCAAGAGCUCCCCAUUAAGCCGGCCUUCUCGCUUAUUGGCCGUCUAGACGGACAUAGUGCAGCUGUCAACGCCAUCCAGGUGCGUGACCGAACCAUUGUUUCUGUGUCAGGGGACCGGCACAUUAAGGUCUGGAAUUGGCCUGAGCAGGUCUGCACCCAGACUAUCCCCGCACACGAUAAGGGAAUCGCGUGCGUCGAAUUCGACGGAAGGAGGAUAGUCAGCGGUAGCAGCGAUUUUGAAGUUUGCAUCUUUGAUGCCCCGACAGGUCUCAAGGUUGCACAACUGAGAGGACACGCUCACCUGGUCCGAACAGUCCAGGCAGGCUUUGGCGAUCUGCCUUACAGCAAGUACGAGGAUGAAGCAGAAGCCAAGGCAGUAGAUGCCGAGUACUUCCGAGCCGUUGAGGCUGGAGAAAUUGAUCACAAUCUCGAACGAAGACGCCGCCGCGGUCGUAGGGCGAAUGCCGGCAGCUCGCGACCUGAGGAUCUCCAGGCAUUUGGGGCUAAGGUUCCCCCUGGAGGUGGAGGUGGGAGGAAGUACGGUCGCAUCGUGUCUGGGUCAUACGACCAGAGCAUUAUUGUCUGGAGGCGUGACAAAGAAGGUGUCUGGAAGCCUGCUCAUCACCUCCGCCAAGAAGAGGCUGCUGCCGCCGCCCAGCGCGAUGUUGCUGCUGCAACGACAGCCCUCUUAGCAGCCCCUGGAGCUGCUCAAGGUCGUCCACCUGUUCGAAUGCCAAAUUCCAAUAACAUCCCUGGAGGACCGGUGCUUCUUCAACCCGGUGGAUCUUCCGCUGCCCCAGCCUCCCUACGCGAUCAACACGGAGAUGGCUACCGCAUCGCUGGCUCGUACAAGGACCUUAUUGACCAGGUUGUGCCUCUGGGUGUCGUCGCCCUGAGGCAAGCAAUGGCCAUGUAUCCCGUUAUUCUGGCCCACCAUACAUAUCUACAGUCGACCAUCGAACGCGAACUGUCACCUUUCGUUCGAGCACAGCUCAGGAAGGCGGUAACAGAUGCCUUGAUUGCUAUUCAACUCAACCAGGUAGCUCGGCAGCGGGCAGCGCAAGCGGCUCAAGGAACCUCAGGGACCCAAGGGACCCAAGGGACUCAAGGAGCUCCAGCUCACGCUGCACAGGGUGCGGCGGCCGUCGCCGGACCAAGUGUCCCUGCACCAGGUACUCCCGUUCAUCCCUCUGCCAUCCCGCGUGCAGCAACCGUCCCUCCCAUGGGAGCAAACGCUCAAUUUCAACUACCUCCCAUUAUCCAACCCGCCGUUGCUCAGCCUCCCGUUGUUGCCAAUAUGCAACCCCAAGGCGCACCUCCUGCUGCACCACCUCAGGGGGCCCAGGCGCAGAACCCAGCGCAAGCGGCCGCGCAACAAGGGGCGCAUCACCACCCGCACAUCGCGGCAGCCGAGAAUGCGCCUGCUCGAGUCUUCAAGCUCCAAUUUGACGCGCGAAAGAUUGUCUGCUGUAGUCAGGCACCUGUCAUCGUGGGUUGGGACUUCUGUAACAAAGAUCCCGAAUUGGAGGAGGCGGUGCGGUUCUUCGCCACGGUGGACUGAGAGACUGUCCUGGCACGGGAGGCAACACCUAUAUCUCUGGUUGACAACGGCACCGAGAAUAGGGUGAGGAUUUGGUUUAGCGAUGGAGUUUCGAUUCGUUUCAAUAUUAAGGGACCAUCAUCAAAUGCGAUGGGUGUUUGGUUGCUGUAAAAAAGACUUGUAUCACAUAUCAACCUGGUAAACAUUGACAUAAGUCAUGUGUACGGCAUAGGACAAACCGAUUCCCUGGAUGGGGAGUAUGGUCGCAUGGAACAAACAAAAUGCUAUCAAUAUGAAUAUAACG